AUGUCUUUGGGGCAACGAAUUUCCGGCGCAGUUGCGGUUCUCCGCGGGACCUCGACGGAGCCUAAAGAGAGCGGCGGCCACACGUCGUGCGCAGAGGAGAUCGAGAAGAUGACAUCCGAAGAAGAGGUCAAGGCCGAAGCGCAGCACAAAGUAACGGCACUCGACAGGUUACAGAUGGUGAUAGAAUGGAUGGGAAGUAAUUUGCUUUUGGCACUGACCAUCACUGGGGUUUUGUUGGGUCUGGUUUUCGGGUUUCUGGGUCGAUUGGCCAAUUUCUCGCCGCAAUCUAUAACCCUCGUCAGCUUUCCGGGAGAGCUUCUUAUGCGGAUGCUGAAGAUGUUUAUCCUGCCACUCAUCAUCUCGUCAUUAAUCUCUGGAAUGGCACAGUUGGAUGUUCAAAGAUCAGGAAGAAUAGGAUUCAGAGCGUUAACAUACUACUCGAUAACAACCAUUCUCGCUGCUAUAGUGGGCAUCGCGAUGGUACUGAUGAUCCAUCCAGGUAAUCCGCAAAUUAAAACUGCUGUUGCGGCGGUGGUGAAGGCUGAAGAAACAAAAGUUUCUACUAUAGAUGCGAUUCUCGACAUAAUUCGAAAUAUGCUACCGGAGAAUCUGGUGCAAGCGUGCUUCCAACAGGUUCAGACUUCCUACGUGAAGAAGAAGGUGGUCGUGAUCGGCAGCGCGAAUCAAAGCGAGUACAUCGUGGAGCCGACUUUAGUUUAUAAAGAUGGCACGAACGUGAUGGGCAUGAUUGUAUUUUGCAUCAUCUUUGGCGUGCUCGCGGGCCAGAUAGGACCACGUGGCAAGUUGAUGGUGGACUUCUUUGUAGUGUUGAACGAGAUCAUUAUGAAGCUCGUCACGAUUGUCGUCGUCUGGUAUUCUCCAUUCGGAAUUAUGUGUCUGAUAGCUGGAAAAAUCAUGUCAAUCACAAAUUUGGCGGCAACUGCUCAGAUGUUAGGUUUAUACAUGGUGACAGUUGUAUUAGGUUUAAUGAUCCAUGCGAUUAUCACAUUGCCAUUGAUCUAUUGGUUUAUAACUCGAAAGAAUCCAGCAGUCUUUUUUAGAGGCAUGAUGCAAGCCUGGGUGACAGCAUUAGGAACCGCUUCGAGCGCGGCGACUUUGCCUUUAACUUUUCGUUGUCUGGAAGAAAACAACAAGAUUGAUCCUCGUGUGACACGUUUCGUUGUGGCAGUCGGUGCGACUGUAAAUAUGGACGGCACAGCUCUUUAUGAAGCUGUAGCUGCAAUCUUCAUCGCACAAUUAAAUGGAAUCUCACUGGGAUUCGUUGAAGUCAUUACUGUCAGCCUCACAGCUACUUUGGCGAGCGUCGGAGCCGCAAGUAUCCCCAGUGCAGCGCUGGUCACCAUGCUGCUAGUGUUGACUGCCUUGGGUCUCCCUACGAACGAUGUUUCCUUAUUAUUCGCCAUCGACUGGAUGCUGGAUCGGAUCAGAACCUCGAUCAAUGUUCUUGGUGAUGGUUACGGGGCUGGGAUAGUUUAUCACUUAAGCAAAGCGGAAUUGGAUAAAAUGGACGAGGAAAGGAGAUUAGAAGGUUUGGAAACCGGAAGACCUCUCGAGAUUGCUGAAGUCUGUCGAGAAGAGAUAGGGACACAUGAGCAAACUUCCGAGACAAAAAUUUAAAUCUUUAUCAGAUUUGAAUGAAAUUGUAACAUUAUUUGUCAGUAGACACGUUUACUGCUCCCUGUGUUAAAUAUAUUCGUGUCAUGCGAUUGAUUUUCACUGCCGAAAUCGAAUUUUCUCCGUGAAUUAAAUUCAAUAUACGUCAAAGUAAGUUAUAAUUACAAUUAAACAAGUGAUAGCUACAAUUGGGAUUUUAUUUAGUGAUAUAAAUAUUCCGUUUUUGUAGUAAAUGUUAGUAGUAAUGGAUAAAGGCGUUAAAAACAUUGAAGUAGAAAAUGUGAGCAUGUUAAGUACAAACUAAUGGAAGUUGUGUAUCGAUUUCUUAUUUUUUUUCUUAGUGCGUGAAUAUUCAUCUACUUUAAAAUAUCCAAGAAUGUA